UUUAAACUUUAAACCCAAAUUUCAUUUCUGAAUCUAACUUCUCCUUUCUUCUUCCUCUCAAAACCCUAAAACUCACUCCACUUCACUUCUACUCUGACUUUAAACUAGGGUUUUAGCAGUACACCAACUGCUACUCCCAAAAUGUAUCUCUACAGUCUCACUCUCCAAAAACCCACCGGCAUACUCUGCGCCAUCAACGGCAGCUUUUCCGGCGGCAAAGUACAAGAAAUCGCCGUCGCCCGGGGAAAAGUCCUCGACCUCCUCCGCCCCGACGACAACGGUAAGCUCCAAACUUUAUUAUCCGUCGAAAUCUUCGGCGCUAUACGGUCCUUAGCUCAAUUUCGAUUAACCGGUGCACAAAAAGAUUAUAUUGUAGUCGGGUCUGAUUCGGGUCGGAUAGUGAUAUUAGAGUAUAAUAAAGAGAAGAAUGUUUUUGAUAAAAUUCAUCAGGAGACUUUUGGGAAAUCGGGUUGUAGACGGAUAGUUCCGGGUCAGUAUUUGGGUAUUGACCCGAAAGGUAGGGCUGUUAUGAUUGGUGCUUGUGAGAAACAGAAGCUUGUAUAUGUUUUGAAUAGGGAUACUGCUGCUAGGUUAACUAUUUCGUCGCCUUUAGAAGCUCAUAAGAGCCACACGAUUACGUUCUCGAUUUGUGGUGUUGAUUGUGGAUUUGAUAACCCGAUAUUUGCUGCGAUCGAGUUGGAUUACGCAGAGGCGGAUCAGGAUCCUACUGGCCAGGCCGCAAAUGAGGCUCAGAAGCAUUUGACAUUUUAUGAAUUAGAUUUAGGGCUUAAUCACGUGUCGAGGAAGUGGAGUGAACAGGUUGAUAAUGGUGCUAAUUUGCUCGUGACCGUACCUGGUGGUGGGGAUGGUCCGAGUGGUGUGCUUGUUUGCGCAGAGAAUUUCGUGAUAUAUAAGAAUCAGGGACACCCUGAUGUUAGGGCUGUUAUUCCCAGGAGGGUGGAUUUGCCAGCGGAACGUGGGGUUUUGAUUGUUUCAGCUGCUAUGCAUAAGCAGAAGUCAAUGUUUUUCUUUCUUUUGCAAACUGAAUAUGGAGAUAUCUUUAAGGUGACAUUGGAUCACGACAACGACAGGGUUAAGGAGUUAAAGAUCAAGUAUUUUGAUACAAUUCCAGUCAGUUCUUCGCUGUGUGUCUUGAAGUCAGGGUUCCUCUUUGCUGCGUCAGAGUUUGGGAAUCAUGCAUUGUAUCAGUUUCAAGCGAUAGGAGAUGAUCCUGACGUCGAAGCUUCAUCAUCGACGUUAAUGGAAACUGAAGAAGGUUUUCAGCCUGUAUUUUUCCAGCCAAGAAAGCUAAAAAAUCUUGUUAGGAUCGAUCAGAUUGAGAGUUUGAUGCCAAUCAUGGACAUGAAAAUAGUAAAUCUUUUUGAGGAAGAAACUCCACAAAUAUUUUCACUUUGUGGGAGGGGUCCCCGGUCUUCAUUGCGCAUACUUAGGCCAGGUUUAGCUGUUAGUGAAAUGGCUGUGUCACAGCUUCCUGGUGUUCCUAGUGCUGUCUGGACUGUGAAAAAGAAUGUCAAUGAUGAGUUUGAUGCGUACAUUGUUGUCUCUUUUGCGAAUGCAACUCUCGUGCUUUCUAUUGGUGAGACAGUUGAAGAAGUUAGCGACAGUGGGUUUCUUGAUACUACUCCAUCUCUUGCUGUUUCAUUGAUUGGUGAUGAUUCAUUGAUGCAAGUUCAUCCCAGUGGAAUAAGGCAUAUUAGGGAAGAUGGCCGUAUUAAUGAAUGGAGAACUCCUGGAAAGAGAACUAUUGUCAAGGUUGGAUCUAAUAGGCUUCAAGUGGUAAUUGCACUAAGUGGAGGGGAGCUUAUAUAUUUUGAAGUGGAUAUGACUGGCCAGCUGAUGGAAGUUGAGAAGCAUGAGAUGUCAGGUGAUGUAGCUUGUCUGGACAUUGCCCCUGUUCCUGAGGGAAGACAAAGGUCCCGUUUCCUUGCAGUUGGAUCAUAUGAUAACACUAUUCGUAUCUUAUCAUUGGAUCCUGAUGACUGUAUGCAGGUUCUGAGCCUGCAAAGUGUAUCUUCACCGCCAGAGUCUCUCCUUUUUCUUGAAGUUCAGGCCUCUAUUGGUGGAGAAGAUGGUGCAGAUCACCCUGCCAGUCUUUUUCUUAAUGCUGGUUUACAAAAUGGGGUUUUAUUCAGGACUGUGGUGGAUAUGAUAACUGGGCAGCUUUCAGAUGCACGUUCACGUUUCUUGGGUCUUAGAGCCCCUAAGCUCUUUUCCAUUGUUGUGAGAGGACGGCGUGCUAUGCUUUGCUUGUCAAGUAGACCGUGGCUAGGUUAUAUACACCAAGGGCAUUUUCUUUUGACGCCUUUAUCAUAUGAGACUCUUGAAUUUGCAGCCUCAUUUUCAUCGGAUCAAUGUGCAGAAGGUGUAGUAGCGGUUGCUGGGGAUGCGUUGAGGGUCUUCACGAUAGAGAGAUUGGGUGAGACUUUCAACGAAACAGCUAUACCUUUAAGGUAUACACCAAGAAGGUUUGUUCUUCAACCUAAACGGAAGAUGGUGAUAAUGAUAGAGAGUGACCAGGGAGCAUAUACUGCGGAAGAGCGUGAAGCUGCUAAAAAGGAGUGCUUCGAGACAGCUGGGAAUGGUGAAAAUGGAAAUGCAGAACAAGUGGAGAAUGGUGAAGAUGAGGAUGGUAAUGAUCCACUAUCUGAUGAACAAUAUGGUUAUCCCAAGUCGGAGUCAGGAAGGUGGGUUUCCUGCAUCAGAGUCCUUGACCCAAGGUCAACACAAACCACUUGUCUGCUAGAGCUUCAGGAUAAUGAGGCUGCGUUUAGCAUAUGCACUGUUAAUUUCCAUGACAAGGAGCAUGGAGCUCUGUUAGCUGUUGGUACUGCCAAGGGCCUUCAGUUUUGGCCCAAAAAAUCGUUUGAAGCAGCAUACAUUCAUAUAUACAAAUUUAAAGAAGAUGGGAAGGUCCUUGAGCUUUUGCACAAGACACAGGUAGAUGGUGUGCCUCUUGCAUUAUGUCAGUUCCAAGGAAGACUACUAGCUGGUGUGGGGUCUGUCCUUAGGUUGUAUGAUUUGGGGAAGAAAAGACUGCUCAGAAAAUGUGAGAACAAGCUUUUCCCCAACUCAAUCACAUCUAUCCAUACCUAUCGUGAUCGGAUUUAUGUGGGUGACAUGCAAGAGUCAUUCCACUACUGUAAGUAUAGACGUGAUGAAAAUCAACUGUACAUAUUUGCUGAUGACACGGUUCCGAGAUGGCUAACCGCAGCACAGCAUGUAGAUUUUGACACAGUGGCAGGAGCUGACAAGUUUGGGAAUAUCUACUUUGUGCGAUUACCUCAGGAUGUCUCAGAUGAGAUUGAAGAAGACCCUACUGGUGGAAAAAUAAAAUGGGAGCAGGGGAAGCUGAAUGGAGCCCCAAACAAGGUUGAGGAAAUAGUGCAGUUUCAUGUUGGUGAUGUGGUCUCUUGCUUGCAAAGAGCAUCACUUAUUCCAGGAGGGGGUGAAUGUGUAAUUUACGGGACUGUGAUGGGGAGCGUCGGGGCAAUGCUUCCAUUUACCUCGAGGGAUGAUGUUGACUUCUUCUCUCAUUUGGAGAUGCAUUUGAGGCAGGAGUUCCCACCUUUAUGUGGCAGGGAUCACAUGGCCUACAGAUCUGCCUACUUCCCGGUUAAGGAUGUGAUAGAUGGAGACUUGUGCGAACAGUUCCCAACCUUGCCAAUGGAUAUGCAGCGCAAAAUUGCAGAUGAGUUGGACAGAACACCAGGCGAGAUUUUGAAAAAGCUUGAAGAAAUAAGAAACAAAAUUAUUUGAGAACAUGUUUAGAUGAAGCAUAGGUGUUAAGUAACUUUUCCGAACAAGACUUAAGACUGAUGAGAAGAAUUCACUUUGUACUAGAAUUUGGACCUUGUCUCCCAAGUUGUUGUCCAACUAUUCAACCGUUAGGGCACAUCUUCAAGGGUUAGUCAUAGUUGAUAUUGUCAAUUGACUACUAAAGGAAACAUAAGCUUGAAGAGGAUUUGGUUUUCGAGGUUCCAAACUCAAUUAUAACACUUGGUGUGAGCUCAACUGCUCCGACCUUGGUAGGCACGACUUUCUUCGCAACCUGUAUUUGUUGGUUAAACAAGCUGUCCGGUAGAUUGGUCGAGGUGCAGAAGCUGGUCUAAGAAAAAAAGGAGAGUGUUAGUAUAGAAGCUUUCUUCAUAUUAUUUGUGGCUUGGAAAUGGAAUCAAGUUUGCCUUUUGUCAUCAAUAAAUUCAGUUGUGUUAGCAAUCCUUGUUGUGCUCUAGCAGUACAUCAAUAUGCCAUUUGUUAAGAGAUACUCAAAUUCAAGCACUUUUAUGUGAUAGAAAACAGUGUCUUGUUUCCCUCUUUGGUACAUCAAGGUGCCAUUUUGUCCGGGGGCACAAAGACCUUGUAGCUCUAUGUGAUAGCAGACUGUUGUGUUUAUUUCUUUUUGGUAAAUCUCAAACCACUCAAGAUAUAUAUUUUU